AACGAUAUCAACGGUUUUCAACCAGCAUAAUACACAGUAGGAGUAGAGGAGUAGACAGUAGUCAGAAAUAUCCGAACCAGUCCAGACCAGUCGUUGGUGAGCGCCUGUUCUGGUAGCGUCGCGUCGGCCGGAGAAUAUCGCACGACUCGUUGGGAAUCGAAAGAAAAAAGGAGUUUUUUUUUUCUGAUCCGAAUUUCUAUCGUGCUCGUGCAGUGUACGCGCUACAAUUGAAUCGGAACCGAUGGAAAAUUUCCGUUUCCUCGUUUAGUUCGGCGGAAUGUUUCGAGAUAACGUUCUUUCCGCUGGUGUACGGGAUCAUUUUCAAACUUUCCCAUUCGAAAAUUCGAAUUUGCGCACGCAGCAGUUUCUAAACCCGCUCACUACAUAGAUAUGAAACGAUUGUCCGAGUCUACCGAUAGACUUCGAAAAAGAAAAACCAUCGUGGUCCAAAAACAAACCCGCCGAAGAUACAACAGUUAGCAAUUUAUACAGCGUGUAUUAACCGGAAAAUAGCUAGUUUAGCGAUCGCCUCAGAAAUUCCCUUACAUGUGCGAUCGCCCAUCGGACGAGCGAACGCCCGAAGAAGCGCCCGACGGCCCGAAAACGGGCGCCGAAAAGUCGAGCGUGCGCGACAUCCGGACGAGAUUGUUCGCGAUACCGGCGAAGGGGAUCAAAUCGCAGCUGCGGGAGGCGAUCUCCUGCUCGUUCGGCGGUAAGCGGCACGCCGACAUUAUAGGGAAGGCUUCGGGGGUGGCGGUGUCGUUGAAGGGGUGGUGGCGCGAUGUGGGGCUCUGCCCCCGGGCGGCGUCCCCUUCAAUAGGCGCCUCGCCCGCCGGCCGACGGUCGGUCGUCAGAAGGGGGUCCUUGCGAUCCAUGGGACAGUCUUUCAGCAUGUGCAAAUUCAACUGCAGACAUAAGAAAGGGCUACAAUUGCGGAGCAGCGCGGACGAAUCGCGAAUGCCUGCAGAUGGCGCCACAUCAGGAUCGGAUCCGGCCAAUCGGUUGCCCAGGUACAACCACGCUGGCUACGGGCACGUCUACGACCCGGAGUACGCCCAAAUGGAGGCCUGGCUCGACGAGCACCCGGACUUCGUCAACGACUACUUCCUCAGAAAAUUCCACCUAACAAGGCCGCAAAACAAACGGAAAGCCACCCGGCAGAUCGUCGAGCAAUGGCAGGUGUCGCACGCGACGCCGACGUCGUCGAGCGUCGAGCUGGCCUCGCCGACGCACAACAGCCAGUCGCGCGGCGGCUCCGGCGCCACGACGCCCGUCCGCAAGAUAUCGGCGCACGAAUUCGAGCGCGGCGGGCUGCUCAAGCCGAUGAUCAACACCGUCGACGGGCAGCCGACGUUCCUCACCGGCCACGACGGCCAGGGCAUGGCCGGCGCCGGCAGCCCGACGCCCGGCCGGCGCCACCGCCGGUCGCGGCACGAGCUCAAGCAGAUGGACGAGAAGGAUUUGAUCUUCGAAUUGGUGAAGGACAUCUGCGACGACCUGGAGGUGCGCUCGCUGUGCCACAAGAUCCUCCAGAACGUGUGCAUGCUCCUCAACGCCGACAGGGGCUCGUUGUUUCUAGUCGAAGGCGACAAGGGCGCCGACGGUUGCGGGACCGCGGCCGGUCUGCCGCGCAGCGACCGCUGCCUGGUCUCCAAGCUGUUCGACGUCUGCUCGAAGAGCACGCUGAUGGAGAUCGAGAAAAAGGAGGAGAUCAAGAUCCCCUUGGGGACGGGGAUCGUCGGGUACGUCGCCGAGAGCGGCGAGCCCGUCAACAUUCCCGACGCCUAUCAGGACGAACGGUUUAAUAACGAAGUGGAUACCCGGACAGGAUACCGAACAAAAUCAUUAUUGUGCAUGCCCAUCAAAGACACCAAUGGCGAUGUCAUAGGAGUCGCCCAAGUAAUCAACAAAUUCGGGGACCAGCCGUUCUCCAAGGUGGACGAAGAAGUAUUCUCCAAGUACCUCCAGUUCUGCGGCAUCGGCCUGCGGAACGCGCACCUCUACGAGCAGUCGCAGCUGGAGAUCAAGCGCAACCAAGUGCUGUUAGAUUUGGCGAGGGUGAUAUUCCAGGAGCAGACCACGCUGGAGCACGUCGUGUAUAGGAUACUGUUGCACACGCAGAGUCUGAUACAAUGCCAAAGGGUGCAGAUCCUGCUGACGCACCAGGAUUCCAGCGCGAGUUUCUCCAGGGUGUUCGAUUUCGAAGAGAACGAUGUGAACAUCAUCGAGUCCGGCGAGAACAGGACAAGUCCUUUGGAGGGACGAUUUCCUAUAAACCUAGGCAUCACCGGACACGUAGCCACCACCGGCGAGACGGUGAACAUAUCGAACGUCUACGAGGACUCGAGAUUCGAUCCGGUCUCGGACCACGGCACCAAUUUCACGCACAAAAACGUCCUCUGCAUGCCGAUCAGGAACUCCAAGCACAGGAUCAUCGGCGUCAUACAAUUGAUCAACAAGUUCAACGAUCUGCCGUUCACGCAGAACGACGAGAACUUCGUGGAGGCGUUCGCGAUAUUCUGCGGAAUGGGCAUACACAACACCAGGAUAUACGAGGAGGCCACCACCGCUGUGGCCAAGCAGAAGGUCAUCUUGGACGUGCUGUCCUAUCACGCCACCGCCACCGUCGAGGAGGCGCAGAAGUUAAGAGGUUUAAGGGUGCCUUCGAAUGCUAAAUUCAAACUGCUCGAGUUCACCUUCGAUGAUAUCCAUAUGAGCGAUGAUGAUACUUUGGUGGCUUGUUUGCGCAUGUUCCUCGAUCUGGGUCUAGUGGAGAAGUUCCAUUUGGAUUUCGAUGUUUUGUGCAGAUGGUUGCUCUCGGUGAAGAAGAAUUAUCGAGAUGUAACGUAUCAUAAUUGGAGGCACGCUUUCAAUGUGGGACAAAUGAUGUAUUCGAUAUUACAUGCGACCCGAUGGUGGGAAUACUUGGGCAUCAUCGAAUGCUUAGCGUUGAUGAUCGCCUGCCUGUGCCACGAUUUGGACCACAGGGGAACCAACAAUUCCUUCCAAAUGAAAAUCCAUUCGCCCAUUGCGCAACUUUACUCCACAUCGACGAUGGAACACCACCACUUCGACCAAUGCUUGAUGAUCUUGAAUUCGCUGCAGUUACUCAUCAAUCUCACGCCAGAGGAACAUUCCAGAGUCAUUAGGGUAUUAGAAGACGCCAUAUUGGCCACCGAUCUGGCCAUUUACUUCAAGAAGCGCGUGGACUUUUUCAAAAUAGCUCGGUGCGGAGUGAAUUGGAAGAAGGAGGAGCACCGCGAUUCUGUUCGCGGCAUGCUGAUGACAGUCUGUGAUUUAGCGGCCAUAACGAAACCGUGGGACGUCGAGAAGCGCAUAGCGGAAUUGGUCAGCGCCGAAUUUUUCGAACAGGGCGACCUGGAGAGGGAGAAACUCAACGUCACGCCAAUGGAUAUGAUGGACAGGAAUAAAGCCGAGCGAUUACCAAUUAUGCAAAUUAACUUUAUCGAUUCCAUCUGCGUACCGAUAUACGAGGCAUUCGCCGAGCUCUCGGACAGCCUGCAACCGUUGCUAGACGGCGUGAAGGACAACAGGGAGCACUGGCUGGAGGAGGCCCAGAAGGCCCAUUUGAUGCCCCGAGAGGACGAUUGCGAGAAGGACGACAACGAUAACCUGUCGAAGCCGAACAGCCCCGAUCAGAAAUACGCGAGGAUCAAAAAUCGCAAGGCGAUCGCUAAUUGACGAUUUCUCGACGAAUGAUAAUUCCGAAACGCUUUACUGAACGUGUAUUAAAUUUAAAGUGAGAUAUUAAUUUAGUGAUUUAUUAGCGAAGAAAUUGUACUUAUACCCGCUGGAGAUGAUUGAACGGACGGACUGGAACACGACUAAUAUUUUCUUGAAGCUUCGAUGAGUCGUUGUAUAGUGUUAGGAUUAAGUGCUGGAUUUCUCUGAAAUUGUACCAUCAAUAAAUCAAAUAAUCGUUAAUGUUUCAAUUUGACGCAAUGCGGCGAAGCCAUUUUUGAAAAUAUGUAUCUCAAAAUUCCUGACAAAUAUAAAUAAAAGGACCAAUUGUUUUAUGGCGCUUUUACUACGACUCGUUAACACCUGUCUUUAAUUGAAUUGUUAUCAUUUGGUAGAAACUAAUUUAUUGCAAGUAUUGUUUAAUUUAGCUCUCUUAGUAAUUUAAUAUUUAAAUUGUGUUUGUGAUAUUUUUAGUCCCACCAACUGAGCUCUGGUUCGGUUUAGCACUGUUCCGUUUUUCGCUUUUUUUAAGAUGGUAUUACGAUUUUAAUUUGAACCAAAGCGUAUUCUAAUUUUAUUAGCGUAAUUAAUCAAUCAUUGUGUAAUCUUAAUUUUUAAAUUAAAAAAAACAAGUAAAAUAUAGUGAUAUUGUGAUUGUUCUUGUUGUUUUUUUUAGUUACAUUUUCUCUCUUAUUGUUGAAUUGACUUUUGUAAGAUUAUGCGAAAUGACCAGAAUAAAUAUAUUUA